UCAUUUCCACAAUCUUUCCAUUCUCAUUCUAUAAUCUUCUUUCUAUCUUCCAUCUCUUGUGAUCUCCUCUUACAUUCUCAUUUACUUAAGCGGCCCUCGCACCUGACGUACCUUGCUCUAUCUAUUAUAAACAUCACCUAAUAUAUAUAUAUAUAUGUCCAAAUAAUAGGGUAUCCUCACUUUUACGGUCCUAAAUUCAAAAUCAACCGUUUUUUUUACUGUACCACCAUGGUCCUGAGUUGUUCUUUAUAGCAGGACUUCCACGCGUAAAAAUUACUAUCGUUGGCUCAAACGAGAUGAUGGAAAGAUCUUGAUGAGAAAUCUGUUCCUGGCACAAUGCAGACUAUUGGAUACAUGCAGACAUUGUUCAAGUUUAAGAAUGGAACUCCUCGGCAAGCUGGAAUAUGUCAACAGGCUCGUGGAACGUUAACCAUUGACAAAUCCAUCUUUAACAAUCCAGAACAUUCUCUUGAAGGUUUACAAGACUUCUCUCAUGCUUGGAUUAUCUUUGUGUUUCACAAAAACAACAAUGCUUAUUUCAAAGCUAAAGUACGACCCCCAAGGCUUGACGGUCGACGUAUUGGUCUUUUUGCCACAAGAGCACCAUACAGGCCGAACCCGAUUGGACUUACACUUGCGAAAAUAGAGAAGAUUACUGGUGCCAGUAUCCAUUUUUCUGGGAUUGAUCUUUUAGAUGGAACUCCAGUAUUGGAUGUGAAACCUUACAUACCACAAUAUGACUGUCCCCUAGGCGCUUCUCAUGCUGAAUUUGAAUCUGUGGAGAAAAACAAUCCUUCAUCACAUUAUCAUUCCGCAAGCAACCAGUUCCCAAAUGUUCUUCCUUGUCCAAGUUCUAACUUUAACCAACACAACACUUCACUGAACCAAGAACCAACACAAGACUUCAGUUCUUCAGUCAGCUCAACAGAACAAAGAAAACUCUCCAGUAAUACAGAAAAAAUUAUUUGCUCCUCUUCAACUAAUUCUUCAGAUGUUUUUGCAGAGGAUUCAACAAUGCUUGAGGUGGAUUCCAUUGAAAACAGCACUUCUGGAAUUACUGAGGAAGAUCUUGAUUUAAGAAAAAAAGCACAAAACUUUUGUUUCACAUCCAAGAAUUAUUGCCUGGAAGAUGAGUCUUUAGGCCAAGAAAAAUUUCAGAAGACUCAGGCAGGAAAGAUUUUCACUCAUGCAAGUUCACAAGGAUCAGAAGACGCUGAAGAAACAACAAGUAAAGCGUCUACAAAGAAUCAUAAUGUUUGUCUUUUGAAAUCUUCUUCCCAAUCAGCCUCAAUUGCUGUAACGAACUUUGAUUUGAACUCAGAUGCUGCUGUGACACCAUUUUUUACUACAAAAGAAUCUGUUGCCUUAACUCCUGUUGUUUCCACUCCUCCUACCACAGCCCAAGUUCAUUCCACUCCUCUUACCACAACCCAAGUUGAUUCCACUCCUCUUACCACAACCCACGUUAAUUCCACUCCUCUUACCAAAACCCAGGUUGAUUUCAUUCCUCUUACUACAACUCCCUCUGAAUCUCCUACCACAAAAGAAUCUAUGGCUUUCACACCUGUUGCUCCCACUCUUCUCACAACAACUCAUACUGAUUCUACUCCCCCUGAUUCCGCUCUUCUUACUACAACUCCCUCUGAAUCCACACCUCUUACUACUACAUCUUCUGUUAUUUUCCCUCCUGUAAUCCAAUACGCUGCAACCUCACCCACAGUUGCUACAACACCAUCCUUCAACCCCACAUCAACAAAACCCCUUGUUUCUGCAGACUGGGUCGUUAAAGCUCCGGUUCCCAAAUUGACUGUCUUCUUCACUGAACGUUCCCGUCUGCAGUUGCAAAAGUUCAGCCAACACAAUAAGCGGCAGGAUUAUCGGUUAGAAUUCCUGCAAGACUCACACGAAGUCUGUCAGGCAAUCUGUUCGAUUCUGUCCGAAGAUCCCCGUUCUGUCUAUCGGAGAAACCUUUGUAAGGAUAGCCUGUAUUAUUUCUCUGUGGACAAAGUCCAUGUUACUUGUUGGUUCUUCAACAAUUCUGCCGAAGUUCUUCGCAUUCAGCCCUUGUCCUAUUCAGAGCAAAGCAAAUCAGAAUAAACCACAGAACCAUGAUAAACUUCAAUUGCAAAAAUAAAAAUAUAUUUAUUUAAUUUGA